AUGGCACGUCAAGUUGUUGUUGUUUUGGCUCUCAUCUUCGUUGCCAUUGCUGGGGCUGCUGCCGCCGAAACUCAAGCUCCUACAACCACCCCCACGGCCUCGCCGUCGCCGAAAUCAUCGCCCACCACCCCAUCAUCAUCACCACCAGCAGCCUCGACCCCCCAGUCAUCUUCUUCAGCCCCACAAGCCUCAGCCUCCACCCCUCAGGCCUCAGCCUCCACCCCCACUGCCUCCUCGCCUCAGGGUUCAGCUACCUCUCCCACCACCCCCUCUUCUUCCAUACCUGCAGCCUCACCCACCCAUGACUCCGCUUCCCCCCCCAGCAGCGACGCCUCCUCUCCACCGGCCCCUGGGAGCGAGUCCACUCCCGUAGAUGGACCCGCCUCUGGGCCUGCUGGUGAUGAUGCCCCUGCAGCUGCACCCUCAGGCAGCGGCACCACCGCUCUCAAGGUCUCUGCCGCCACUGGUGCUGCCUUCAUCGCUGGCUUCUUCGUCUUCAUGUAG